GCCAAAACAUCAUCCCCUGAUGCGGACAUGGCGAGAGACCGACUGGUUUACAAGCUGCAAGACGAAUCCACGUGAAUUGUCCAAGUCCUCCCGGAAUCUCUUCACUGGCAACGUGUCUUUUGGGACUUGAAGCACACAUGACUGUAUUUAGCAUUUAGCAUUUCUAUGUUCGUCGUCUCUGUCAGAUCUACAAUACAAUAGGUGGCAUUUUGUAAGGACACGAGAUGGUUUGCAAAGUUUCCAUGAGUUUGACCUAAUUGCAACAGACUAUUGUACCAAGGCAUCGAGGCAGAGCGCAAAAUUGGAGGCUCAUUGGCAGACGACCUUCGUCACAUACCAACCCAUUCUGCAUUUAGGGUGAUGUGAGCUCCCAACAAACUCUCCAGGAAAGUUCAGUUACUGAAAAUCUGUGAUUCUGACAUGGGUCUUGUCAGCAAGAGAAAGAGGUUGCACCGAAACCCGGUAGAAUGGGCGGAGAAGCAAUACGCGAGGGGAAAGUUUGUGAUGAGUGCGAUUGCAUUGUUGUGGUUCAUGAACCUAGUUUACUAUGACGUGAACAAGAUUAAAAUUGCUGCUGAGCUUGUUCGCAUUGUGGGCCUUGGCUGCCUCGUUCACAAGAUUGGCACGGAGGAGAGUUGUGGUGGUUUGUCCUUCAAGUCACAAAUGAUCACUGCAAUGUCUCUCUUCGCACGGCUCUACUGUAGCUCGGUGAUGCAGCAAGAUGUUUACGUGUUCAUGGAUUUCAUGACACUUGUUGUCACCUUGUGGGUGCUCUGCAAGCUGCAAUUCAGACUGAGGUCGACUUACUCCAAAGAUCUUGAUCAGUUCCCUUUACUGUACUUGCUGGGUCCUUGUGUGUUGCUGUCAAUAAUAUCGUAUCCAAAGACCGGGUAUCCUGUUCUCCACAGAAUGUUGUGGGCUUUCGGUGUUUACUUGGAGACAGUACAGAUCAUACCUCAACUGAAUCUGAUGCAGUCAAUUAGGGUGAUCGAACCUCACACGGCUCAUUACGUAUUUGCAUUGGGAGUGUCUAACCUCUUGAAUUGCAUCCACUUCGUCAUCCGGAUGGUGGAGGGAAACAAGCACCUGUUCAAAAUAAUUGGGCCUGGUACGUGGGCGGGUGUAACACUUGUUUCCAAGCUGCUAUCGUUUCUGAUGCUGGGAGAUUUCAGUUUCUACUACAUCAAAAGCUUGAUUGAUGGUCAGCGGCUAGUGCGGUUGCCUGUUUAAGAACGUAGUUGCAAAUGAGAAUCUUGCAAAAUCUGGUCAAUGCUUCUGAGAACACAGAAGUUGAAAUGGAAAAAAUAGGAGCUACUGUGCCUUAAAACCGAACUAAUGGAGAUCAAAAUAUGAUCACGACUUAAAAACAUCUCAUUAAAUGUC